AUUCAUAUUACGUUUAUAAACCAGGAUAAUUGUUAAAAUAUAUGUUAAACAUAUUAUGUUACCACAUUGCAGUUUUCAAGAUGUGUGGAAGAGCUGAAGAUGAGGCAAAACCCCAAGGAUAAAACCCUGACGUUCGUCGACAGGAAAGACGGCCCGAAUCUGAUACAGAGAGUGAAAGAGCCGAGGAAGAUACACGACCCCAAGGAUAAAACCCUGACGUAUGUCGACAGGAACAACAAACAUCAACGUGAAGUUGUGACAACUCAGGUGCAGAUAGGGAAAGAGCUGAAGAUGCACGACCCCAAGGACAAAACCCUGACGUUUGUCGAUAAGGAGGAGGACCUGGAUCCAGCGUUGAGUGUGAGGAAGAUGUACGACCCCAAGGAUCAAACCAUGACGUUUGUCGACAGGCAGGACGACCUUGAUCCAUUUUCGUCAGACGAUGGUUGUCUCAAAGCACUGAUGUCAUGCGGCCACGCUGUCACCCCGGAAACUCUAACGGGGUGGUGUCGCAGUAGGUUGGACGAGGGGGAUCACCACUUCAGAUGUCCUGCUCUAGUAAACUAUACCAAAAAAUGCGAUAAACGUUGGUCAUACCAGGAAGUGCGCAGGCUGGCUGAUUUGGCUCCUAAAGAAAUGCAAGACUUUGAAAUGACCAUGGCCCACCUCGCUGUUACAUCCUACUGUGAGACUCAGCCAUGCCCACAGUGCAAGACAUACGUGGAGAGAACAGAUCUAUCCAACCUGUGUGUGAAAUGCACCAUUUGUGCAGCUGAUGAUCCCACAAACUCCCUCUUCUGCUGGCAGUGUCAAAAGCCGUGGAAGGGUGCUGCCCCCCAACGUUACCAAUGCGGCAACUCCGGCUGUGUGAACAAGGACCUGCAGAUUCUGAAGUCAUGCCGCACCAUCAGUCUUCCUGAGGUGAAGGGCGCUACCAACUGCCCUUCAAUGCGAGCCUGUCCCAAAUGUGGCUUGAAGGUGGAGCACAACCAGCAGAGAUGCAAAAACGUUACCUGCCCUCGCUGCAAAGUGGUGUUCUGCUUUAUCUGCCUGAAAUCAAAGGAUAAAUGUAGUAAAACCAGUACGCCGUUUCAAAUGUGUGUCAGUGGUGUGGCUCCCAGACAGACCUCCAUUCCAAUAUGGCACAGAAGAAGAACAACGACAAGAAGGCCCAUCUCUGCAUGAAGUGGCAAUGGCACCGAUUUUUUAUUUUA